CUCCUCUCCCUCUGUGAGCUGCGGAGCCCAGUGUGUUUGAAUAGACUAGAUCUCCCCCUGGUGGCGGUGCGCAGUAACGACAGCUGGCUCUCGCCCCUCUGUGUGUGUGUGUGCCCACAGGGAGCCCGUAGGGGCUGAGGCCAUGCAUGCCGGGUCUGAGAGGUCCCAAACUCUGCUUUACCCCCCGGGCAAGACCGGCUCCAAGGAAGGGGUCAACAACAACAACAACUCCAGACCCCGGAGGAAAACAGAUGUGAGUAGCUCUCAGACCCAGCAGCCGUGCGUGUCUGAGGCCCCUGCGCAGGAGACCCCCCCGCCUGCGGACCCCAGCCGCCCCCCCGAGGAGAAGAGGAGGCCGAGGGGGGCGAGGAUGAGGAUCCCGCUGGCGCUGUGGGAGAGGAGGAAGGCCCCCCGCCGUCAGCUCUCGGCCCUGCUGCCCCUGUCCCUGCCCCGGCCGCGGCCCCCGCCACAACAGCCCCCCGAGGAGCGCAAGGCCCUGCUGGCCAGCAUGGACCCUCACCGGCCCGACUACGGAGCCCUGCUCUGA